AUGCUGUCACAAUCGUCCUCACCUCAACCUCGUGGCAAUCGUCGCUCGAGCGUUGGAGCAAAAGCUCGUGUCUGCGACCAUUGCGGGCGGACAUUCAGGAGAACGGAACAUCUGGAACGGCACGUACGCACUCAUACAAAGGAAAAGCCGUAUGUCUGUUUCUGCGGGGCUGCAUUUACCCGACGGGAUCUGCUAAAGCGCCACACGCGCAUCACCCAUGAGAAUAAUGGCUUGAUAUCGCCGACUUCACAGCCCCAGCAAGAAGCUGCAGGGCAGUCGCUUGCGCGGCAUACAUCAGAUCCCCCGGUGACCCAACCAUACAAUGUACAACCCGCACCACGCCCGGAUAUCCCUCUCGUACCACCUCCUAUGGAGCAGUGGUCCGGGCCGCAGCACGGACCGUACCUGGAACAGAACCAGAGCAUGCUUAAUGCAGGUGGUCAGAGUACAGGCUUAGGCCCACAUCCUGCAGUAACUCAUGAUGCGGACAUCUUACAGGCUGCUCAACUAUUGCUUCCCGGUAGCUUUCGGGACACACAACCCCCUCCCCAGCCAUUGCCGUAUCUUCCAGAAGAGCUUAAUCAUUUCCAAGAAUUCACCCAUUUCUUAGACUCCAUUGGACUGCCUUCGGAAUGGGUUCCCGCCCUAAGGGAUGUGCCUCAGGUUCAGGGUACAGUUCCUGCGGACGUGCCUGACCCGGUCAGGAACCCGAGAGAGCCUCAACAGGGUGUAUCUCGUCGGAGCCAGGCGGAGCGCUCGCGCGCCGAUUCGCCCUUCCGAUCCUGGCUGCCCUCGGUACCUUCAGGGGAUCAAAGCUUAGGAACGGUUUCCGACUAUGAGCCUCCUCAACAUUCCAUGAAGGUCAUUCCGCCGAAGGUUAGCGAAGAACAGCGGCUACGUCUUGCGGCUUCCUUAGAAGAGCAUCGCCACCUUAUUCCCGACUUCGUCCUCCCGUCGCGGCACACGUUAACAAGGUAUCUGACAUCUUUUUUUGAUGGAUUCCAUCCUCAUCUACCAUACCUACAUCUUCCAACACUGCGAAUCAAUGAGCGCGCCCCUGAGCUUGUUUUAGCCUUGAUGACAAUAGGUGCCCAGUAUCGGUUUGAGCAUCGUAACGCAGAACGGCUUUUCUAUGCUUCCAAGGCAAUUGUGUUGCAUAAACUGUCGAAAGAAACACACACCCCACUGGCAGCAUACAAUGGUAUCAUCCAAAUACCGUUGGAUAGCAUUCGUGAACUAUCCCAACAGACAGGGCAAGCUACAGCACUAUCUCCUUCGGAAAAUGAUCUCGGAACGAGUGCGUGGAGACAAAUCGAAACCAUUCGCACCUUGCUCACCUUAAUGGGGUACGCCACAUGGGAGAAGUCUGAGCUGGUUCAAGAAGCCUUUAGUUUACAAGGCCUGCUGGUGCGGUGCUUGCGCGAAUUCGGCUUGACUGAGAACAUUACGGUUGUCCCAAGACACUCACCCAUGCAGUGGCAUGAAUGGGCGGAAGAAGAAUCGAUUCGACGUACCAGGUUUAUCUCCUUCUGCUUCGUCCAUGUCCAUAGUAUAGCGUACAACAUAUACCCGGUACUUCGCAGCAGUGAGGUUCAUCUGCGACUACCCUGUUCCACGAAGGAGUGGAAAGCAACCACCGCCCAGGAAUGGGAGCUGGCUCAAAAAGAGGCUGGCGCUCAACAACUGUUCUUUCAAGACGCUCUAGCACUCUUACUACAACCAUCGCGGACGACUGUCUUGCUAGAGCCGAUCCCUGCGCCACUGGGGAACUACAUUCUUCUUCAUGGUCUUCUUCAGCGCAUCCAUCUUGUGAGUGAGCUCUCUUUACCGACCGGAGACCAAGCCCUUGCUCUACCGACAGAAGAGCUGAAUAAACUCGAGAGAGCUCUCCGAUCCUGGACUUCAGUAUGGCAACAAGCCCCGGAAUCGAGCCUUGACCCUCACAAUGAUAAUGGUCCCAUCCCCUUUACUUCGAGUUCACUGUUGGGAUUAGCCUACGUUCGCCUUUCCCUGAAUCUGGGGCCAUACCGUCAACUCGAGACUAGGGACCCAUACCGCAUAGCCUCUGCGUUGCACAGGUCACCUAGGCCUGGCAGAAGCUAUCGACUGACUCCUGCGCUUAUAUAUUCAGCGCAUGCGUUAAGUAUCCCUGUGCGCCUAGGAAUCGAUCAUGUUGCGCGCAGCCAAGCGUUCUUUUGGAGCGUCCGCCACUCAAUUGCCAGUUUAGAAUGUGCUGUCCUCCUCAGCAAGUGGCUUCUCUCUUUAGCGGAGACAGGGAGUGAUCAGAAUUUAAGUGAUAAUGAGAGUCGAAUAUUGAACUGGACACGUUGUAUUGUCGAAGAAGCAUAUUCCUCGAUGGACUUGGAAGACUGGGAAGCUGUCCCUAGCUUGGACCCUGUCGGCCUUGGACUUGCAGUCAUCAGACUUUGGUCCCGCCUGUUCCGAAAGAACACGCAGUGGCCGUUUAUCAAUGUUCUUGGAGAAAGUCUUGAGAAAUACCUGACAUUGAUUCGUCCGGGCUGAGAGAUCAGUAAUUAUCUUGAUAUCCGGUAUAUAGGACGCUAUUUAUGGCAGGCGGGUCGACCAGUAACAUAAAAACAAAGCGACAUCGAUAACUUUGUUUCUACCACGUGUCCCUCAACCCGUGCGAGGGUCCGCGUGUGGAUCAACUCAGCCUACUGAGCACUACCUCCAUCGUGAUGUUGUGGUCAAGCCAGGUACGAAUGCGACGCCGCACAUACAUCUGGAUAGUGGAAAGCUCUAUCCUGACAGGAGCCCAGCUUUCUGCACCAUCCCAGUCCCAUGAGAUUCGGUAGUCUUGAUGCAUCACGGGUAGAUGAUGCGCCUGAGAACAUAGACAUUGGUGGUUAGGUACAUAACGCCUUGAAGGCACAUAUUGUCCUGGACUCUAUCCAGGUUGGCGGAAGGAAAAUUACCUGUGAUUGAAAACUAUCGCGAAGAUUCAAGGGUUUCCUAUUUGGGAUACUCCUCUCUACACAAACUUCUCACAAAGUACAGACAAAGCUUUGCGUUAUACCAGCAUAUCAUGUAUAUAAGAUAUGUACAUACCAUCAUGUGGCUUUGCAAGUCAUCAGCCAUUGU